AUGAAAAGAACCAUUAAUACUGCACUUCUAUCCUUCAAAGAUGUCAUCCAGAGAGGUGUGAAGGUUCAAGCUAUGGAUUUGCUUCAAAAUCGGGAUGCUUCUGCGAAUGGUAUAGGGAUGGACAAAGAAGACCUACAGAAACUCUUUGGUGCACAAGUAGGUUUUGAAAAAGUAGAGGAAGGAUGGAAUGAGAAAUCUUUUGGAAAAUGGGCUCCGGGAAAUCAGGAUUGGAAAAUGCCAGCCUUAAAGAUGGCGCUUAAAGAUUUACGGUCCACUACCAACAUAGCCGAAGUUGUUAUUGUCAGUCAUGGAAGUCUUCUUGAUGAUUUGACUCGUCUGAGAGGUGGCUAUAGACGUAGUUGGCGUGGUGAAGUUCGCAGCUAUCUGAUUAAUGAUCCCGGGGAACCUUGUCAGUUAUUAGAUAAGAAUGCCCUCGAACAAUACAGAUCGCUUGCAACGGACGAUCAGAUGAUACCAAAAUCAGAUCAAGAUCUGACCAACACCAACGAUCCUGAAAAGUCAAGACUAGCGGUAGCAUUAAAUCCUCCAGCAUCCAAGAACUCUGGAGAAGCCCUGGUGGAAAUAGCCCCGAUCAAUAAAACCAUUCCACAAACCAUUCCCACAACAGUACAGAUUCUCGAAACCGCAAAACAAACCGAAAACAAUCCAACUACAUCCGCACAGCCUCUCCAGCAAAAAACAACAACAAAAACAACAACAACAAUCAAACUAAAACGAAUUUUCCCACAAGAAUUCGAAGCAGAACCCCUCCACAUCUCGAAAAAGAUAUACGCAAUACCCCAAGAAAAUAACAAAUUAAACGGAAUCUGGAGUAUGAGUGAUCAGGAUAUCGCGAGGAAGGUUUCGGUACAGUUAUUGAUGAAUAAGGCGAGGGUUAAGGGUACCCAAAUGUGUUUGUUGGAUGAUGAUGUUGUUGAUUGUGAUGUUGAUAAUGUUGAUAAUGAGAUAAAUGGGUGGGAGAGGAAGGUUGUGGUUGCGGUGUAG